AUGCUUGUGAGUUUGUUCGAUAAUAAGACUUCAGGUCUAUCUUUACUUUUUGGUAGUCAUGAGGUUGAUAUGUUAACAAGUCUUUCGCUGCAGACAUUUCUGUCCCGUCGUUUUACUUGUAGCUAUAAAGAGCUUGCUAAUUAUGUCUUGAUUCAUUGCCCUACAACCAGCCUCAUUCGCAUUAAAGCAUUCAUGUCGAUCUGUGGAAUCCAAGCCUUGCCUCUUGAGGUCACUGUCGUUGCUUGUUACAAUUUGGAAGACAAGGAGUGGAUAUCAAGACAAGAUCCUUAUGUUAGUGUUGAGUAUGGAAACACCAAGUACCGAACCAAAACGUGCACAGAUGGAGGAAGGAACCCCACUUUUCAGGAGAAGUUCAUUUUCACACUUAUUGAAGGCCUCCGAGAAUUGAAUGUUGUAGUUUGGAACAGUCACACCCUCUCUGCUGAUGAACAUAUUGGCACCGGAAGAAUUCAGCUCCAUAAAGCCCUUUCCGGAGGUUUUGAUGAUGUUUCCUGGCCCAUACAGAGCAAAACUGGGAGGCAUUCAGGGGAAGUUCGACUGAUAUUGCACUACUCAAAUGCCGAACAGCAUAAAGCAAAAAUGACUCCAUCAGGACCAAAAUAUGCAACACCAUCAGCCACCCUGAACCAGGUCCUGCCAUAUUCUUCAAUGUCAACAGCACCUGCUACUCAUUACCCUGCCACAGCUGCCUACUCUGCCGCGUCUCCGUACACCGGGUACCCUCCUAAUCCUGUAACCUAUCCGCUAUCCUUAUACCUUCCCACUCCACCAGCUGGCUACCCUCCGCAAGCAUGUGCUCCUGCAGGCUACCCUCCACAAGCAUACCCACCUCCCCACCAGCCCUUACCAUGCUAUCCUACAGGUGCAAUAUCCGGGGUGUAUCCACCACCACCAUCAGGAAUCUAUCCACCACCGCCAUACUGA